GAUGACAGACCAAAACAAGGGAUCACAAAAGACCUACAGGGAGUCCGCGGGAGAGUACUACAACCAAAAGUACGAGACAUGGAUGCCAUGGAUCGAGGACCAGUACCUGAAGUGGUUCACCAAGGACAACAAGGCAUCUUAUGCUACCAAACAACAACUCGACCAGACCAAGGUCACAGGCAUUGACCAAGUCGACAACCUCCAAGACGGCGUAAACAACCUCGUCGGCGGCCAAGUCGGUAAAGGAGGACUCGCACAGCCCCUCGGUGAUGCCGUCUCCAAAGAGGGUAUCAACCGUGCUGAGCGCGGUGGCAAGGACGACAAGGGAAACCCUAUUGAGAGUCAAGGACCACUGGGUGGUUAUGGACAGAGUGCUGCGGAUGGUGUGAAGGGAGGUGCGAGCAGCCUUGCAGGAGGCGCAAAGAGUGCCGGUGGAUACGUUGGAGGCAUGUUUGGUGGAGACAAGGGAAAAGAAGAGAAGAAGUAGGGAGUUGGCGGCUGACGGACGAUGAUAUGAUACCAUAAUUUGUAGGAAGGUUCUUCCGGGAGGAUUAGACUGCCAGACUUUGUGUUGCGCGGGAUAGUAUGAGUUUAGCAUUCGACUUCUGAAGUAGUACACUUCUACCCUAUAGCUGUUGUUGUGCCAGUUCUAAACGAGUGAGCAAGUCUAAUCCGUAUCAUUAACACUGCGGGGUCUCCACUACGACACAGCAUGUGCAUCAACAUCCACCACAGUCCCUUCUCCCUCCUCCACACC